AUGGCUUCAAAAUCGAACAGAAAUCAAAAGAAGACUUCAACUCCCGCUCGCAAAUCGGGACGCGGCGGAAGAAAAAACCAGGAACUGAAGGUUCCGUCUAUAUAUGAUUUCUCAGAUAUUCAGUUCGCACCGAAGAUUGAAAGCAAAUGCUAUUUGAUUCAGACGAUUAAAAGUUUGAAAGAGGUAUUAACUACCGAGGAGUGGAGGUACUUCAACGAGGAUUCACAGUUUCGUCACAUAUUCCAUUUGAAAUGUGACGAGAACAUGAAGAUGGUGCCUGUGUCAGUCCUCCUACACCGAACACUGAAGUUAGAGGAGGAAAAAGAGCAGUUAUGGUUUGUUUUAAAUGGCGUUCCUAUCAGAUACUCUAUAAUCGAGCACGCCAUUAUAUCAGGAUUGAAGUGCAACCAGUAUCCGGAAGAUUGGGAAGGGCGCAGAAAAAACGAUUUUCGAAUAAAGACCUUCGGACCUGGGAAGGUCACCAGGAAAGCAGUUCUGGAAAAGUUGCAAAAGAGUAAAUACAGUCGGAUUGACAGAAAGAGAUUGGCGACACUGAUGUUGCUAUCUGGAGUACUCGACCACGGAAACAGAAGCGAUGACUCUAUCAACCAUGAUCUGGUUGAUAUGGUCGAUGAACUUGAGUUAUGCGAAGAAUUUCCGUGGGGAAGGUACACAUUCGAGAAAAUGGUGGAACAGUUGCGGAAGAUUCUACAAAAUCCUACACCGAAGGAGAGAUGGUGGUUGUCUGGAUUUGUUGUCCCUCUCAUGGUGCUUCCAUUCGAAUGCAUCGAAACUCUUUGCGCGAACGGUUGGUGCACUACUGUUGAAGAUGCCGAUCCAAGCUGUCCCAGGAUGUGCAAAAAGCACAUCUCUAACCCCAAAUGGACUUUCGGGACGGUGAUGAAACAGAUUGGCAACGAAGCAAAGGGUAUUCGAAGUAUUCUUACAGUAGAAAGUGAGGAAGAGGAAUCACUUCUUGCAAACGUCGAUGAGGAGUCUAUUACCAAUCUGGAUGUGCGCAGUUGGAUGAAUCAACUGAAGGUCGAUCCAAAAAGCAUUUGUUUUGAGCAUAUUCGUGCUCUUGAUAUCGAUGCGAGGGGAGCUGCUUCCGAUAAGAAGAUGAUGAGGAAAGCAGGAUUUCCGGUGGAUGAAGAACCUUUUGAGAAUGUGUAUUCUCCACAUUCACAAAUACAUUCUUCAAAGGGUGGUGAGGAUGUGCAUACUCCCCGUUCACAGAGACAAGGAGAAGGGGAUGAAGAUGUGGGUAGUAGAAACUCAUCAACGAGUGAUUACUACGCCGGCAAGGAUAUGCCUUAUCAUUUUAAAGCUCGUGCUGAGGCUGUGCGUAGUGAAGAAAGUGAUGACGAGGGCAAUGCAGUGUCUAAUACUCCUCCCAGAGCCCUAGAAGGGGGGGUUGCAAGUCCAAAGGUUCUUGAGGAAAAUGUACAAGGAGAAAAUGAUGAAGGGAUGGCUGGAAACCCUAUGGAAGUGGACUUUGCUACCCAAGGCAUCGAGUCAGCUGCUGCCCACGUCCCCGAGGACCCUAAUGCCCAAACCACCGAGGACAUUGCUGCCCACGUCUCCAAGGACCAUACUGCCCACACCCCCGAGGACAUUGUUGCCCACGUCUCCGAGGACCCUACUGCCCAAGCCACUGAGGAUCCUGCUGCAUUUGCCCCCAAGGAGCCCGAGGACCCUGAUAACACUGUCCAUGAGGACAAGGUACCCGAGAAUCCUGAUAACAUUGUCCCUGAGGACAAGGUACCCGAGAAUCCUGCUGCAUUUACCCCCGAGGACCCUGCUAACAUUGUCACUGAGGACCCUGCUGUAGUUUCCCCUGAUGGCAAGGAAGCCCCUGACGCGGCCCCCCUGAGGCACCGAAACAGAAGAUGUCGACCGAUGAAGCUGUUCCUGUUUCCCAGCCUGCUCCUGCUCUUACUCCAGCGCCGACUGAAGUCGCUGGACCCCUGA